AUGCUCUGGCCACCACCUAGGCUGAUUUCCGAGGUGAAGCACGAAGGCUUCACCCUCCUCAGCCAGGAAUCCACCUACAUACGCGACAAGCAGACCUCCGCAGAGGGAGAUGCCUGGUUGUUAGACUUCUAUGAGGCCGAGGAGAGUCUGCUUAACCAGGGCUCUCGUCAACUCUGUUUGGACGUCCUAACCACCCUAGUGGAACGCCAUCUAACCUCCAACUGCGCCAGCAGUGAAGAAGGCGGCCAACAACAGCAUGUGGAUGAAUGCUAUGGAGCAAAGCUGGGUGCCGAGAGUCCGCUCAUCUAUGACUACUACAUAAAAACCUUGCUGUUGCAUGAGUGUGAGAAACAUCCGCAUGAAGAGGACUGGACGGAGUUUACCAUCCCUGACCGGAUUAGUGGGAUCUUACUGCAACUAAUUUCCUGUCUGCAGCAUCGUCACUGUCCGCAUUACUUUCUGCCUCAAUUGAACCUCUUUCGACGUCAGACGCCCUUGGCCAUGGAGCUGGCAGCUCGAAGGGCCUGGAGCCUGCUACGAACAUUAAUUACCUGUCCGACGGCCUUUGAAAGACUCUGA